UGGUCUCUCAGGUUGUGUGAGGAGAAGGAAACUCUGGCACUUUGCACAUGUUUCAACUAUGGACCAGAACUUGAUAGUUCCUGUGGUAGCGGCUGUUUCUGUGGUGAUAGUGACCGUGCUGUACUUCCUGCUCGGAGGAGAGAAGAAGAAGAAGCUGCCCGUCACUCUGCAGGACCCAACGCUCAAAUAUGCUCUUCCCCUCAUAGACAAACAGGAAAUCAGCCAUGACACAAAGAAAUUUCGGUUUGGCCUUCCAUCCACCAAUCACAUCCUUGGACUGCCAGUAGGUCAGCACGUGUACCUGUCAGCCAGAGUGAACGGCAGUCUGGUGGUCAGAGCCUACACUCCGGUAUCCAGUGACGAGCACCAGGGAUACGUCGACCUCGUGGUCAAGGUGUACUACAAGAACUGCCACCCAUCCUUCCCAGACGGAGGGAAGAUGUCCCAGUAUCUGGACAACAUGGCUAUUGGAGACGCCAUUGACUUCAGAGGACCCAAUGGACUGCUUGUGUACAAGGGGAAUGGUCAGUUUUCCAUCCGACCAGACAAGAAGUCGGAGCCAAAAGUUCGGAAGUUCAAGCACAUUGGGAUGAUCGCCGGUGGAACAGGUAUCACUCCUAUGCUGCAGUUAAUCCGCAGCAUCACAGCAGACCCCAGUGACAACACCACGUGCUCCCUCAUAUUUGCCAACCAGACUGAGAAAGAUAUCCUCCUCAGAGACGAGCUGGAGGAGGUGAAGAAAAACCACCCUGAGAAAGUCAAGCUGUGGUUCACGCUGGACAAACCUCCGCAGGACUGGAGCUACAGUUCAGGCUUUGUGACCCACGACAUGAUCAAGGACCACCUCCCUGCUCCCUCUAACGACGUCCUUGUUGUCCUGUGUGGACCUCCACCGAUGAUCCAAUACGCCUGUCUGCCAAAUCUGGACAAGCUGGGACACGAAACGGACAAUGUUUUUGCAUACUAGUUUUCUGACUGAAACACGUCUUGUUUAUUCCCCGUAAUCAUCCGAUCAGUGAGCCAAACACCACAGUCAUGCUUCUCACGGAGGCCUGCGUGAUUUUUAAUGUCAGUAACACGAGUGCAAAACUGCCCUAAAACAUGCAAUUUCACUGUGAACGUUUCAUCUCAGGUGCACCUCACUGUGCAGUAUUUAAUCUAACGUCAUAUCUGUGAUUACCUUUUGUACAAGAGUCGCUUUUACAAUGAAGCUUUUUUUUCAGGCAAAAAUGUGAAUUCAUGGAAUAAAGAUGUAACAAGUACAA